ACUUGCUGCUACACUCGACUCCCACGUCCUCCCCUCCGGUACAACCCUUGCUAAGCCCUUCUAUCUUGGGGCCAGGUGACAGCAAAGAAGCAGAGACAUGGAGGUGGCGCAAGUGGUGGCAGCGCUGAUCGACGGCGGCAGAGUUGGAAGCAGCAGCGAGCAUGGGGCGCGUGUGGCGGAGAGCCUGGCUGCGUCAGCUGCUUUUACGCAGUUUGUCUCGAUGCCAAGUGCUGGUAUUGUGCAGGUUGACGUUGAUGCCGGCGGGCGGGUGGUCGAGGUGGCGGUAGAGGCUCAUCCGCCGGUGAGCGGGACGGCGAAGGUGGUGGUCGUCUCCAAGGCUGAGGCUGUGGUGGUGACGGCGAGCAACGCGAGCGAGGUGCUCCGGUGCAGCACCUUUGGGGCGGCACUGCUGCCUGCGGUCUACGCGCACGUCUCGGAAGUUGUCCUGCCGCUGCUGGCAAAGGCGACCGAGUCUGGCGCGCUCUCGCUCCCGGCGCACCUCAAGGUAGGCAAGCUCCUGGCUCAGCUGCAGAAGCGGCUGGGAGUGGCGCUCCGGGUCGCCGGCCUCGAGAGCGAGGACGGGUUAGCGGGCGGCGGCGAUGCGCCGCUGGAAGCGUCGAUUUUGAACCCGGCAGACGAGCUGAAGACAUGGAAGCGUGCAGCGAGCAGUGGCGGAGCCAGCUCGGACGGCGGGCGGGUAUGGGCGGCGUUUGCGCGUGUGGCCGGCGAUGUGGCCCGGUUCGACGCGGCGUCGCUCGGCGAGCAGAUGGACAUUCUGGACGUGUUGCAAGAGGUGCUCGACGAGGUGUGGUGCCUGGACCUUGCGACACCGUUUCCGCAAGAGCGGAUGGCGCACUUUAUGGAGGUGGUCUCGCACGCGGUGGGGCGUGCGGCCGGGGCGGCCAUUGGCGCGGCGCCGGAGCCUGCCGAGCCGCGGGGCAUGCCGCGGCUGUUCAAGAUGCACCCGUCCAAGGCGCGGGCGCAGCUUGCGGGCGCGGCGCGACUGGUCUCAAGCUGGAGCGUGGCGACGCAGCGGCUGACCGGAGUGCUGUGGCGAGGCGCGGCGCACCCGUGGCGUGGCUCGGCGUUUUCGUCCGAGUACCUGGCUGCAGUCCACGCGCGGCUGUCGGAGCUGAGUUCGAUGCUUGCGUCGGUGGCGCAGCUGCUGGAGCUUGCGCCGGCCGACGAGGCUGCGGCUGCGGGAGUGGCAGACCGUGGGGCGCUCUUUGCGCCGUUUGCCGGCAUCUACCUCCUCGAGCUCAACGUGGCCAACCCGAGCGCAACGGCGUUUGCUGAGGCGGCCAAGGUGUUUGCGUCGAGGGUGGUGCCGCUCGAGGGAGCAGUGGCGGCCGCGCUGGAGGCCUCGCUCUCCAAGCUCGCGGCGUCGCCUGCGCAGCUGCUCCACGCUGUGGAGCGCAACUUGGAUGCAUUGCUGCGGCCGACGGUCUUUGGCGCGCUCGCCACGUUCCGCGGCGUCGUCGCCAGCGCGCUCCUGGAGCUCUCGGCCGAGCUCGAGGGCGAGCUGAGCGGGCUCAAGGCGAGCCCGCGCAGCGCGUCCAAGCUGACUGGACUCGACUUGCCCGCCUCUGUCGAGAGCAUUGUGGAGGCCAAGGGCAUCGAGGCACGAGCGGAGCACUUGCGGAGCAUUGGAUCUGCGGUGUGUGGGCGCGAGGAGGGUGGAGCGCGGGCGGUGGGUGCACUCAAGGCCGUGUCCGCUGGCGCGGCCGAGUUUGUGCACGGCGCGCACGGCGGAUGGGUUCGCGACGUUCUCCACGGGGUCGAAUCAGCGGAGCUUGUGCUCGAGCUGACCGGCAAGGUGCUCGGCCUGUCUGCGAGCGACGGCUCGAUGGUGGUCUCGUUCUCGCCGCGGCUGGUGGCGCUCCUCCGCGAGGUGCGGGUGCUUUCGGGCCUCGGGCUUCCUGUUCCGCAAAGCGUGACGAGCGCGUUUGAGGUGGGAACCAAGUACUACCGCUACGGCAUGGUGCUGCGGCAGGUGGCGGCGUUCUACAACUCGCUCGGCUCUGAGAUUAUUUUCUCGCAGAUGCCGAUGAUGAUGGACGCUUCGCGCGAGUUUGAGGCGCUGGUCUCAUCGGCUUCGGACAAGCUGUCAUGGGAGGCCGAGGCCGAGCUCUCCGAGUACGUGGACCGUGUACAGGCGAGCGCCAACAAGCUGAUGGAUCUUAACCGGCGGCUCCGGAGCGUGCACUUUGAGCUUGUGGCCGUGGUGUUGCGGCUGAUGGGCACGUCACUGUUGACGGAGCGUGAGGCGUGGCGCGAGGGUGUAGCGCAGAUCAACGGGGCCAUUGCGGCGCUUCAAGCCGAGGGCUUUACCGGCAUGGACGGGUGGGUGGCGCACUGGAACCAGCAGCUUUACAAGGCGCUCGAGUACCAGUACCGCGAGGGCCUGGAGACGCUCAACGCGCAGCUGCCGCCGAUCAAGGUGGCGCUGGUGUACAAGCAGGGCGCGCUCGCGUUUGAGCCGGCGUUUGAGGAGCUGCGGCUGCAGUACUACGCGGCGCUCAAGAAGUUUGUCUCAAUUCCGCACAAGUUCAAGGGUGUCGGCGUCCGGGGCUCGAACAUUUUUUCAUCGAUACUUGCCAAGAAUGGGCAAGCGCUGGAGCGGGUGUACAUUCUCGCCGAGGCGCUGUUUGGCAAGCUCGAGGCGGCCAAGGCGCCAUUUGAGGAGUGGGUGGCGCUGGGGCGAGUCGACGUCCGCAAGUGGAUUGCGGCGACCUUUUCCGAGCUCGCCGACUGGGAGCGCAACUUUCGGGCGCUCAAGAGCCGCGGCAAGGCGUUUGAAAAGGCGUUGCCGGACAGCAUCGAGGUCGAGUGCAUGGUGGUGUCGACCAUUCCGGUCAAAGCAGCAAUCGACGGAUUCAUGCGGUCGUUUGCCGACGCGCUGGUGACGACGCUCAAGCAGUCGUCGUCGCACGAGCUCCAGCUCCUCCGUGGCUACAUGGACGAGGGCAAGGCGGUGCUGAGCACUCGGCCGCAGUCUGUGCAGGAGAUUGGCGAGGCCAAGGGUGCACUGGCGGCACUUGUCAAGCGCAAGCGCGAGAUGCUCAAAGUCCGCGGCGAGCUCUCUGCCAAGUCCAAGCUGUUGCGGAAUGUGGUGGGCGGCGGGAUCGAGCUUGGUGAGUUUGACGCGGCGUGGGAGCAGUUUGAAAUUGGGCUUGACGCGCACGGCAUGCUCAUCGAGUCGCAGACUGCGGCGCUCAAAAACAACCUGCAAAGCCGGCAGGAGGAGCUCAACGCUGAGGCGGCCAAGCUGGCGAGCCACUGGACGGAGGCGCAGCCUUCGGCGGUCACGCUGGCGGAUCCUGCGGCGGCUGAGGCGGCGGCGACGGUUGUGGCCGAGUACAAGGGCGAGCUGGGCGAACUUGUGGCGCGCGGCGCGAGCCUGCGGGCAGACUGCGAGCACUUUGCACUUCCGCCGCCGGACCUAGAGCCACUCGACAGUCUCGCGGCCGAGAUCGAGGGUGUGACCGGGGUGUGGGAUGUGUUCUCGGCGUGGUCGGCGGAGCUCUCCGAACUGGCGAGCGUGGAGUGGUAUACGUUCCGAGCACGGCUGUACGUGUUUGAGGAGUUUGUGGCCAAGUGGCGGGCGAAGCUUCUUGGCACGGGCGGCGAAGCGAGCAAGGACGGCGGCAGUGGCGGUGGCGACGAUGACGGGUCUGACGACGGAUUCGGGGCCGGAAUGGGGGCCGACGACGAGGCCGAGACUGGAGGGCCACAGCUCGAUGGCAACUCGCCAAUUGUCAAGCAUCUGCAAUCUGCUGUGCGGCUGUACUCGCGAGUGUACUCUGUGCUCAAGUACUGCCGCGGAGACUCGUUUACGGCCGAGCACUGGGCAGCGCUGUUCCGGAUUGUGGGCCUUCCGCGCGGGCUCAAGGGCUCACAGCUGACGUUUGGCCAUUUUCUGGGCGUGAUGGAGAAGAUCGAGGCUGGGGCGAGCGAGCUCAAAGCGCUGCACGACCGGGCCGAAGCCGAGGUGACCGUGCGGCAGGCGCUGGCUGAGAUGGACGCUUGGGGCGCAGAGGCUGUCUUCUCGCUCCUGCCACCGUCAGAGACGCGCGGGGUGGCGCUCAUCACCGAGUGGAAGGACUUGCUGACGGAGGUUGGCGACAAGCAGUCGCUGCUGCAGUCGCUCAAGGACUCGCGACUGUACUCUGUGUUUGCCAACCAAAUCGACGGAUGGGAGCGCAAGCUGGGCGCGCUCGACUCUGCGCUAACGCAGCUGAACUUGAUCCAGCGCAAGUGGGUGUACUUGGAGCCAAUUUUCUCCAAGGGCGCACUCCCGUCCGAGGCUGCAAGGUUCAAACGGAUUGACGAUGACUUUGUGUCGGUGCUUGCGGCUGUGGCGGCGGAUCCGCGGGUGGUCUCGCUGCUGGCAUACCCAGGACUUGAAGAGAUGCUGCCGAUGACGCUCGACCAGCUGGAGCGGAGCCAACGGGCUCUGGCAGCGUUUCUGGAGGCAAAGCGAUCGGCGUUCCCGCGGUUCUACUUUAUCGGCGACGAUGAUUUGCUGGAGAUUCUGGGCCAGUCGACCAAGCCGGAGGUCAUCCAGUCCCACCUCAAGAAGCUGUUUGCCGGGGUGGCGUCUGUGACGUUUGACGGGUCGAAAACCUCGAUUGUGUCGAUCAACUCGUCCAAGGGCGAGCGUGUGGCGCUCCAGCCGCCGCUCACGCUCACACCGCAAGUUGAGGAGUGGCUGAGUCGACUGGUGAAGGCGAUGCGGAGCGCGCUCGCGAGCCAGCUCGACGAGCUGUUGCGGACUGGCGCGUGGGACGACGAGAAUGGGCUCUCGGUGGCAGCACUCAACGGGUACCCGUCGCAGCUUCUCUCGCUGGCGGAAAACAUUGGGUUCGCCGCAAGCGUGGAAAAGGUGCUGAGCGGGCGAGGCGAGGGCAUCGAGGGCGGGCUGGAGACAGUGCUCCGGGUGUGCCUCGGCAAGCUCAAGGCGUACACAGGCAUUCACUCUCAGCUCGACGCGAGUGCGGCGUCGAAGCUUCUCUCGGCCAAGAUCAAGAACCUUGUACUGGAGCUCGUGCAUAACGCAGACGUGACCUCGAUGUUGCUUGCUGCGCGGCAGGGCGGCGGCCUCCGACUGGGGGCGUCGUCGUGGGAGUGGAGCAAGCAGCUGCGAUUUGUUUACGACGGCCUCGGUCGAGUCCGUGGCGUGAUGGGCGACGCGGCGUUCGAGUACACGUUCGAGUACCAAGGCAAUGUGUCCAAGCUUGUCCACACAGCGUUGACGGACAAGUGCUACCUGACUCUGACACAGGGCAUGGCACUGGGCUACGGCGGCAAUCCGUAUGGACCGGCCGGAACCGGCAAGACCGAGUCGAUCAAAGCGCUGGGCGCUUCGCUCGGGCGACAGGUCCUUGUUUUCAAUUGCGAUGAGGGCAUCGAUUUUAAGUCGAUGGGACGCAUCUUCACGGGGCUGGUCAAGUGUGGGGCGUGGGGCUGCUUUGACGAGUUCAACCGCCUCGACGAGGUGGUUCUCUCUGCGGUCUCGCAGCAAAUCCAGACGAUCCAGAGUGGGAUCAAAGCUCGGGCUAGCAGCAUUUCGCUGCUGGGCAAGACUGUGGAGCUCGACGCCAACUCGGGCAUUUUUGUGACGAUGAAUCCCGCAGGCAAGGGCUACGGCGGACGGUCGAAGCUUCCGGACAACCUCAAGCAGCUGUUCCGACCUGUGGCGAUGUCCAAGCCAGACCUGGAGCUCAUUGCGGAGGUUAUUCUCUACGCCGAGGGCUUUAGUGGGGCCAAGGGCCUCGCGAAGAAGCUGGUCUCGAUGUACGGGCUCAACGCACAGCUGCUCUCGAAGCAGCAGCACUACGACUGGGGUCUCCGUGCGCUCAAGGCGGUGCUCUCGCUUGGCGGGAGCCUGCUGGGCCGUGAGCGGAACGCGCGCCGGGCGGCCGGGGCGAGCGCCGAGCUGAGCGGCGAGGAGGAGACAGCGCUACUGGUGAAGGCGCUGCGGUCGAACACUCUGAGUAAGCUGACGUAUGCCGACUCUGUGCUCUUUGAGGGCCUCGUGGGCGAUCUGUUCCCGGGAGUGACGACCGAGGCGAUUUCGUACGCGGAACUGGAGAGCGCGCUUGCCGAGGAGCUGAGCGAGCGACGACUGGUGGUUGUGGAGCGGCAGAUGACGAAGCUGCUGCAGCUGUACGAGGCGACGAACCAGCGGAUGGGGGUUGUGAUUGUGGGGCCGUCCGGGUCUGGCAAGUCGACGCUGUGGCAGGUCCUCGCCGGGGCGCUCAACCGGCUGGGCGGGCGCGGAAGUGUGGUGACUCAGGUGAUGAACCCCAAGGCGCUGCCGCGGCAGCAGCUGCUUGGCUCGCUGGAUUUGGACACGCGCGAAUGGGCCGAUGGUGUGCUGACGGCAGCGGCACGUGAGGUUGUAGCGCGACCGGCCCGGGUGCGGUCGUGGAUUGUGUGCGACGGCGAUGUGGACCCCAAGUGGAUUGAGUCGCUCAACUCUGUGCUCGACGACAACCGGCUGCUGACGAUGCCAAACGGCGAGCGGAUUCAGUUUGGGAGCAACGUCAACUUUGUGUUUGAGACGCACGACCUGAGCUACGCGUCGCCGGCGACAAUCUCGCGGAUGGGCAUGAUUUUCCUGUCCGAGGCCGAGCUGAGCGCGGAGACGCUUGUCGCAGGCUGGGCGAGCCGGAGCGAGGCGAGCAGCAGCGCGCGGGCGUGGAUGGGCGAGCUGGGCUCGCUGCUGGAGGGUGCUGAGCUCGGGGUGCUGCGGACGCUGUUUGCGCUGCUGGAGCAGGCUGGAGCGGGCAGCGAGCUGAGCAAGGAGGCGUUCGCUGUGGCUGCGGUGCGUGCGCUUGCCGGCGCGGCUGCGUCUGGGGCCAAGGCAUCGACGGCCAAGGCGGUCCUUGCUGCGCUUGGGGUGCGUGGGGUGGCGUCGCGCGAGGCCGGUGCGGUGUACUACGACGAGCGGUCGCGGAACGUGCGGAGCUACGGAUAUGUGGCGCCGUCGCUGAGCGUGGACGAUGUCUCCCGCGGCGUGCUCGUGGAGACGGUGGGUGUGCAGUCUGUGCUCGGAGCCGUGGUGCCGCUGCUCGAGGCCGGAAUGCCGGUAGUUGUGGAGGGACCUCCCGGAGCAGGCAAGGAGCUUGUGCUCCGAGCUGCGUUUGCGCGGCUCGGCGGCGGUCGGGUGGCGUCUGUGCACUGCUCGUCGCAGACGCGGGCGUCUGACGUGAUUCGCAAGCUGUAUGAGAGCUGCAUUGCGGUGAACUCGAACAAAGGCCGGGUGCUGCGGCCCAAGGGCGGGCGACUGCUCACGGUGUACCUCAAGAACCUCAACAUGGCGACGCCCGACGAGUACGAGACGUCUGAGCUUGGGGCGCUUCUGCAUCAGCUCCUCACAUAUGGUGGGUUUUACUCGAGCGAGCUCGAGUGGGUUGCGCUCGAGGGCGUGGUGUUUGCUGGAUCGAUGAACCCGGCGACGACGCUGGGGCGGUACGCGCUCUCUCCGCGGCUGUCGUCGUUGGUAGCGACGAUCCGAAUCGACUACGGGAGCAGCGACGAGCUGAGCGCAGUGGCAGAGGCGUACGUCGAGCCUGUGCUCGGUGCGCUUGGCGGCGGAGCCGGGGCCGGGCGCGCGAGCGCGCUAGCGGCUGCGCUGGUCCAAGUGUACAACCAGGUUCGGGCCAAGUUUACCGUGGAUGAGGCGCGUCACUACCUUUUUACGCCGCGCGAGCUGCUGGGGUGGGUGAGCUCGCUCCUGCGGUACUCUGUGGGAAGCGACGAGGGCUUUGAAGGCGUGCUGGACGUGGUUGUGGCAGAGGCGCGGGCGCGGUUUGGCGAGCGGCUUGUUGACGAGCGUGCCUGCGCACGGUUUGACGCGAUUUUGGGCUCUGUCUUUCGUGCGUCGUUCAACUAUGCACCUGCGGAGCGCGGUCGGUCUGUGUACACUAGCUGGUCACCGACGGCCGACGGCGAGGGCAAGCUAGGGCUGAUGGCGCUGGAAGGCUUUGCCAAGGUUGUGCAGGGAGGCAUCAAGGUGUUUGAACGGGACUGGCAGGAGCUCAAGCUCAAGAUUUUCCCCCAGAUGCUUGCAUUGGCGGCGAGCUACGACCGUGUGCUGUCCGCAAAAGACGGAAGCGGGCAUGUGCUUGCUGUGGGCGCACCCGGGACGGGUAAGUCGUCGCUGCUCAAGGUUGUGGCACACAUGCACUCGUACGAGAUUGCGGUGAUGAGCGUGUCGCGGCCGCCGUCGAUCAAGGAGUUCCGUAACUGGCUCAAGGGCGUACUGUUGAAGGGCGGUGUGGAGGGGACUGGCGUGCUUGUGGUUGUGCGCGACUCGCAGGUAUUUUCGGCCGAGGUGCUCGAGGCGCUCAACGCGCUUCUAGGCUGCGGCGAGGUGCCGGGCCUGUUCACGCCCGAGGAGCUCGAUGGGCUCCUUGCGCCGCUGCGGCCGGUGGUGGCGGAAAUAGGCUGGUACGGGAGCGUAGGCGAGCUUUUUGUGUCGCGAGUGCGGGCGAAUGUGCACGUGGCGCUUGUCAUGGAUCCGAGCGCCGAAGCGUUUGGCGCGCAGACCGAGUCGAAUCCUGCGCUGUUUGCGAGUGCGCAGGUUGUGUGGAGCGCUGCGUGGACAAAGGACUCGCUGAAGCGGCUCCCGCGUGUGCUGCUCAAGAAGGUGGUGGGCAAAAUGGAGGACCGCGACGAGGUGCUCAAGUUGCUGCGCGGAGUGCACAGCAGCGCGCCUGGCAAGCCGCCACCGCGCAAGUUUACGCUCCUCCUCCACACGUACGCCAAGGUGCUGGCGAAGAAGCGAAAGGCGCAAGAGUCGCAGACGGGCCAUCUCCGUGCUGGGCUGUCGAAGCUUGCGGAGGCGGCCAAGGUUGUGGACGAGCUUGGCGCCGAGGCUGCGGAGCAAGAAGUGCUGCUUGCGGAGAAGGAGGCGAAAGCGGAUGCAGCGCUGAGCGCGAUUACCAAGGCUGUGGAGGACGCGUCAAGCCAGCGGGCGGAGAUGGAGCGGCUGGAAGAGCGGCUUGCUGUGGAGGAGGAGCAGCUGACACGGGAGAAGGCCAAGAUCGACGCAGAGACGGCGCAGGUGCAGCCGAUGCUCGAGUCUGCCGCGGCGGCUGUGGGCUCGCUGGACCGCAAGUCGCUGACAGAGGCGCGGACGAUGCCGAAUCCGCCGACUGCGGUGCGCGACGUGCUUACUGUUGUGCUGCAGAUGAUGGGGUCGGAAGACACGUCGUGGAACGCGAUGCGUGCGUUCCUUGGGCGCAAGGGGCUUGUGGAGGAGGUGCUCUCGUUUUCUCAAGCUGGAGGGCUUGUGGACAAGUAUGCCAACUCGUUCGAGGCGUCGACGAUCACGCGGGCAAGCCGGACGAUUGCGCCGCUUGCGGCGUGGGUGCUGGCGCAGCUCGAGUACGCGCGUGUUGUGAAGCAGAUCCGGCCGCUGAUGGACGCGCAGGCGUCGCUGGAGGCAUCGCUGGACAAGUCUGCCCGACGGGUGGCGCGACUGCAGGGCGAGCUGGAAGAGCUCGACGCGCGAGUUGCCAAGCUCAAGAAGGAGUUCAAGAAGCGGACGCGCGAUGCCGAGAAGCUGCAGAAUUCGCUGGAGGGCGUGCAGGUGAAGAAGGCGUCGGCGGACAAGCUGUUGUCGCAGCUGGGCGGAGAGCGCGAGCGUUGGGAGCGUCAGCUGGGCGAGUACACAGAGGCCGAGGCGGCGAUGCCGCGCGAGGCUGUGCUUGCGGCGGGCUUUCUGGUAUACCUCGGCGGACAGGCCGAGGGCGAGCGGGCGCGUGUGCUGCAGACGUGGAGCGAGCUUGCUCGACUUCCACGUGGAUGGCGUGUGGAGAGCUUCCUCGCGUCGGAAGCGGAGCUGCUGCGGUGGAAGGCGGCGGGGCUGCCGUCGGACUCGCUGAGCGUGGAAAACGCGGUGGUGAUUCUGGAGAGCGAGGCGCCACGGGUGGUGAUUGAUCCGGGCGGAGCUGCGGUUGCGUGGCUCAAGUCGUGGCUGAGCGAAGGCGGAGGCGGAGGCGAGAAGAAACGAGGUGGCGACGACGGCAAGAGCGACGACGACGACGACGACGGAUCUGACGACGGGCAGAGCGGCGGGUCGCGGAGCGGGCGGGUUGUGGAAGUGAUUGCGUCUUCGGACCCGCGGCUGAACACCAAGCUCGAGCUAGGCGUGCGGUUUGGCAAGACAGUGGUGCUGGAGAACGUGGACAGUAUCGACGAAAUGCUGCUGCCGCUGCUACGGCGCGAUCUCCGUUUGCAGGGAACGCGGUCUGUGGUGCAGCUCGGCGAGAAGGUUGUGGACUACAAUCCGGAGUUUGAGCUGUUUGUGACCUCGCGUGACGCGCACCUGCGGGUGCACCCGGACGUGGCGGCGCUUGUGACGGAGGUCAACUUUUCUGUUACGGCGUCGGGCCUCGAGUCGCAGCUGCUGGGCUACACGCUCCGGCACGAGCAGCCGCAGCUGGAAGAGCAAAAGUCUGCGCUGCUUCGAGAAGAGGAGGAGCAAAAGGUGGAGCUUGCCGAGCUGGAAAAGUCGCUGCUGGAAACGCUUGCGACGUCUUCGGGUGACUUGCUGGAGAACCAGGAGCUUGUGGCGUCUCUCAAUGAGACGAAGCGAAAGAGUAAGGUGAUUGCAGAUGCGCUUGCGCAGAGUCGGGCGAACCAAGCUGUUCUCGACGAGCAGCGCGAGGCGUACGUUCCGAUUGCGCGGACCGGGUCUCAGCUGUACUUUCUCGUUGCCGGGCUGGAGAAGCUCAACGCGAUGUACGCGUUCUCGCUGGGCUCGUUUGUGGAGCUCUUCCACGAGGCGCUUGGCGCCGAGGUGUCUGGCGGAGCGGGGGCUGGGAUCGACGGGCGGCUACUGCGGCUGCAGAGCACGCUGCUGCGGCUUGUGCACAAGUAUGUGUCGGCGUCGUUGUUCAAAGAGGACCGGCUCGGAUUUGAGCUGCAUUUGGUCCACGGGCUGCGACCGGAGCUCUUCCUGGAGGGCGAGUGGGAGCUCCUUGUGUCUGGCGGGACGGGCAUGGGCGGGAGCGGGAGCGGACCUGUGCCGUCGUGGGUGCCGGCGAAGCGGGCGAGCCACUUUGCGGCGCUGCGGGCGAGGGUGCCAAGCCUUGUGAGCGCUGCGGAGCUGAGCGAGAGCGCGAUGUGGUCGCCGUGGAAUGCGACGACGGAGGCCGAGGCACGGUGGCCCGAGGUUGUGGCGCGUGCCGGGCUGUCGUGGGUGCAGAAGCUGCUGCUGCUGCUUGUGUUCCGGCCGGACCGGCUGCUGACGGGGAUGCGGGCAUUUGUUGACUCUGUGCUGAGCCUUGGGUCGAGCGAUGUGGAGCUGCGGAGCGUGGCGGAGCGUGUGGGCGGGCUGCGACCUGCGCUGCUUGUUGCGACUGCGGGUGCAGACCCAUCUGUAGAGCUCGAGGCGCUUGCGGGCGAGGUUGUGGGCGCGCGGCGGUACUUUCAACUUGCGAUGGGCCAGGGCCAGGGUGAGGCAGCGUUGCAGCUUGUGCGCGAGUGUGCCAAGAGCGGCGGGUGGGUGACGCUCAAGAACCUGCACCUUGUUCUCCCGUGGGUUGCAGAGCUCAAUAAGGAGCUGUCUGGGCUUGCGAGUGGCGAGGUGCACCGCGAGUUCAAGCUCUGGCUGACGACGGAGGCACAUGCUGGAUUCCCUGCCAGCCUUGCUGCACGGUGCGUGAAGAUGACGGUGGAAGCGCCGCCUGGGCUGAAGCGGAACCUCGCGCGGAGCGUGGAGGCCGUACUUGGGGCAGGCGAGGAGGGCGGGAGCUGCGGGCAGGCGCGGUUUGCACUCGCGGUCUUUCACUCGCUGGUGCAAGAGCGGCGGUCGUACAUGCCGCAGGGCUGGUCCAAGUUCUACGAGUUCUCCGAGGCGGAUCUUCGUGUGGGCGCGAGCGUGGUGACUGCCGAGGUGAGCGGGAAGGGCCCGGGCGAGGUGCAGUGGGACAAGGUUGUGGGCCUGUUUGAGAACGCGAUCUACGGCGGGCGUGUCGACAACGAGUUUGACAUGCGCGUGCUUGUGACGUAUCUCGGUAAGAUGUUCAACGGCGGAGUGAUUUCCGGGCGCGGUGGCGGCGAGCUAGUGCCCGGAAUGCGGAUGCCAGCGAGCGGAAGUUUGGCCGAGGCGCGAGAGGCUGUGGCGCGGCUGCCUGAGGCGGACGAGCCAGGCGUGUUUGGCUUGCCGGCCAACAUCUCGCGCGCGGUGGAGCAGGCGCGGAGCGCCGAGGUGAUUGCGCAGCUCAAGGCGCUCGGGACGAGCCAGGGCAGCAGCUCGGGCUUUGACCGGGUGAGGUGGGCCAAGGGCCUCGAGGCUGUACUGCAGCAGUGGGCGGGCGCGACGAGCUCGUCGGGCGUGCUUGACCUUGUGGCCGGAGGCGGGAGCGGCAGCAGCGGGCGGUCGCCUGUGGCGGCGUUCCUAGAGCUCGAGUUUGUGCAGGCGAUGGAGCUUGUGGAGCUCGUGGACGGCGUGCUUGGCGAGGUUGUGGAGGUGCUUGAGGAGCGGCGGCUUGUGAGUCCUGCGAUUGUGGAGCUCGUGGAGGGCUCGCUGCUCUCGGGGAGCGUGCCCGAACCGUGGUUUGCACGGUGGGAGGGCCCGCUGGAGCUUGGGGCGUGGCUGGGCGAGGUUGUGCGACGGACGGUUGCGGUGAGCGAGUGGCGGAGCCGUGCGCGGGCGUCGCUGGAGACGCUGCUGCAGGAUGAGCUUGUGCUCUCCGAGCUCUUCCGGCCGGGCACGUUCCUUAACGCGGUGCGGCAGGAGAGCGCGCGCAAGCUCGGGGUGGCUAUGGACAGCCUUGCGCUGGUCUCGUCUGUCCGGCAGCAGCAGUGGGUCGGCACGAUUCGCGUGGGCGGACUCCUGCUGCAGGGCGGAAGCUACUCGGGCGGGCGCGGGGUGCGGCUUGCAGAUGCCACGACACCGUCGUUUGCGGCGCUCGGCUCGUUGUACAUGGCGUGGGUGCCCGAGGCCGAGGCCGCCGAGUGGCGGGCGCGGAUUGCGGGCGUGCCGCUGUACGAGGACGGCAGCCGCGACAAGAUGGUGGUGGAGGUUGGCGUGGAGGUGGAGGGCGGCGAGGUGUCGGAGUUUGUGCUCGCCGGCCUCGCGGUCUUCCUUCGCGAGUAA